UAUUUAAUUAUUAUAGUUGUAAUAUUAAUAACAACAAUAACACAAGUAGUAAUUAAUAAACAAUAAAAAUAAUAAAUUUAAGUAAGAACUAAUCAGUAUUGCCAUCCAGCAUAUAAUUCAUAGAACUAUCUCAUUGUUCAAGUAGGACAUUGUUUUAUUGUGAUGAAAGAGAGAGAGACAUGAUGAACCAUCAUCAUCACACCAUUUUUAUUUAUUAAACAAAAAAAAAACAUACAUUUUUAAUACAAUAAAUAACUUAUUAUUAUUUUUUUAGUGAUGCCAGUGUUUUAAAUAUAUAACAACAAUUUAUAUUAAAUUUAUUUUUAUUUUGUUUAUCAACAAAUACUUGAACAAUCUAAAAAAUACAUAAUCCCUGAGUUUUUUUUUUUUUUUUUUUGUUUUAAUAUAAUAAAAUAUAUUGUUGGUGAUAUGGAGAGACAUGUUACUAGAAUAACAAAAUUUAUAAUUAAUUUAUUACAAUAAACAAUGCAUUUAGUUUGUAAAUUGUAUUUUUAUAAUUUAUUUUGAUAUUUUUAUAUAAAUUUAAUUUUGAGAUUAAAAUUCUGAGCAACAAUAACAAUGACAGAAAGUGGUCCACCAACGAGAAACAAGCGACUUGCUGCUCGUUUUUUUAAAAAUCCACCACAACCACACAUGUGUAUACAAGAUUAUUUGCAGGGAUCAGUUCAGCCAUGCUAUGUGAAUGUAUUGUCUUGGGAUAAAAUAACAACAGCAAAUUGUCCAUUUGAUCAACUUCGUUUGUAUGGUGGUAUGAAAAUAACUCCACCACGUACUGAAAAACCAAUGACAACUGUUUUUUUUGUCAUUGCUAAUCCAGAAAUAUUACGAACAAAUGGAAAAACAGCAUCUGAUCCAAAAGAACAAGGAAUGCUGAUUGAAUUGCUGCUUGAUUUUAUUGAAGCAAUGAACAAGGGUGUUAUAUUUAAAAGACAAUAUAAAAUACUUCCAGAUAUAUUUAUUAUUGGUGAAUUAAAACUCAUAUGGGAGUUGGUACAAAAUGAUCGUGCUAAAAUGCAAAAUGAAUUACAGCAGCAAUCACAACUUGAUGAUAGUAAUCGUAAACCAGUACCACAGUAUCCUCAUUAUCAAAAUUAUCAAUCACAUCAAGAUUUUCAACAAAAACAACAACAGCAACAACAACAACAACAUCAUCAUCUUCAACAAGUACAACAACAACAGCAUCAACAAAAUAACAAUGAAUCACUUGUAAAACCACCACAGUAUCAAGCAAGCAAUAGCCAUUGGCAACAACACUAUCAAGACAAUCAUGCUAAUCAAGAAUUUAAUCCAAGUUAUUAUCAUUCACUUUUGUCAAUUGCUUCAAAUAAUAAUCAUCGUGAUGAUUGGCUAUCAAAAGAUCAAAUUCCAUCAUCAUCAUCUGCUAUUCCUGGUGGUGGUGGUGUUGUUGUCGCUGGUGGUAGUGGUCUUGUUGUUGAUAAAAAUCAACAACCAAUUUUACAACAACAACAACCAAAUCCUUGCAUGUAUCAGUAUCAACAAUUAUCUGGACAAAUAUAUUCUUAUAAUGUAUCAAAAGUACAUGCUAAACAAAAUCCAAAUCCACCAAUGUCAUUGCCAGUUGUUAAUAAUUGUGGACAAGUACAAUACAUGUCUUACAAUCAUUUUCAUCCAGAAAAUAAUGUUUAUGUUAAAGUACACAGAAUGCAACAACCACAACAACCACAAAUACAAUUGGCACAUGCACCACCACAAGUAAAUUCAAUGUCCAUUGAAAAUUUUUAUAAAGAUCAAUCAAAAAUGAUUGCUCCAAAUUAUCAUCACAAUUUACAACAACAACAUCAACAUCAACAACAACAACAGCAAAGAUCUCAACUUCCUGAAAUGUCAUGCAAUGGUUCAAUAGGAUCUUUACCAUCUUCAUCUUCAUCAUCAUCAUCAUCAUCAUCUAGCCAAUCAAAUAGUCCAAUAAGAUUACUUCAACGAAAUGCUUCCUUAGAAAAUCCAACAUUAUACAAUAAUACUAAAAAAAUUCAAGUAACUGAUCUUGAUGAAGAUGAGCCAAAAGAUAAUCCAUCAACUAGUUGUAAUAAAAUUGACACAAAUCACACAAAUGCUGCUACUACUACUACUACUACUACUACAUCAUCAAUUGACACUGGUUAUUAUGAAAUAAUAAAAUUACCACAAAGUGAAAAUUCAAAUAAUCAAAUUGAUAAUCAACAAGUUAAUAAUGAUAUUAAUAAUCAAGGAAAAAUGAGAAUUUUAAAACGUAGUAAAUCAUUGAGUGAUGAUAAAAAUGGUAAUCGUGAUAUUAAAAUAAUGAAAAAUUGUGGUGAUAAAUCUUCUGAUGAUGAUGAUGAUAAUAAAGAGAAAUUAAAUUAUGAUACUGAGCAAGAUGAUGAUGAUAAUAAAUGUCAUGAAUUUGUUAAUCAGACUGAAAUUAAUAAAAAUGGCUGUGCCAUUAAAAAUAAUAAUACAAUUGAUAAUUUUGAUAAUAAACAAUUGAUAGGUACUAGUUGUGAUGUUGCUAAUUGUAUUGUUGAUAAUAAAUCAUUAAUAAAUAAACCAGACAACAAUAAUGAUGACAAUGAUGAUAAAUUAACAAAUGCAAUCGCACAAAUGUCAAUCAAAGACUGUACCACUAAUGAUGCCGGUGAGUUUCAUGGUGUUAUUUCGUGAUAGCUUCAAUCCCAUGAAAAAUAUUUACUUUUUUUUUUUUUUUAUUAUUAUUUUCUAAAUAUAAAUAAUUAACAAGUAUAUUAUUUAAUUAUUUUAAUUGGCAUUUAUGUAUCAGUACAUAAUCACAGCCAUUAUUCAAAAAUAAAAAAAAAAUAAUUUUCUUUUUAUUAUUCAAUAUUACUAUCGAGUGACAAAA